AAUCUUUCACUAUAAAAAGGCGAUCAUUUUUCUUCUUUCCAAAUCAAAUAUCAACAUAACACGUCUAUUCUCAUCAAUGGCGUUCAAGCAAAACAUAGUUCAGCGGAUGUUCAACAUCUGCAACAACAAAUUCUCCAAUCAGACGUUACGCAACUGCCGCAUUUCUCCGUCCUCCGCCGCCGCUCAAGUUUUUAUGCCACCUAAUCCUGACAGAAUGGCACCAGAUCCGGGAGACGAUACGAUUUUUCGGAGGUUUCUCCAGCGACGGCCGCUGGACCUAUCGUCCUCCGCCAUGCCGGAGAUCCUUCGGUCGAGAGGAGAGAGCAUGUUGGAAAAACUAAAAGAGAUGGACAUUACGAGAGGCCGGAUCCGUCUCGAUGUGAUCUCUCCUCCGAUGGAGAGAUCUUCCGAGGGGGAGUUGACGGUGGCGCACGCUAAGAAGAUCCUUAGGGUUUCGCAAAUCGAAACGUUGAAAUCGAAGUUGAGAAGCUCUCGUAAAAAUCACGUUUCGUAUGACGAGUUCGUUGAGAUUUGUAUGGAAGGAUGUUCGAACAGAGAUCAAGGGUUAGAUUUGGCGAAAGCUCUUGACGAUUCUGGUUCCGUCAUCGUAUUAGGAAACGUUGUUUUCCUCAAGCCUGAACAGGUGGUGAAAGCAAUCAAUGAGUUGCUGCCGUUGACACAGAACCCACCGGUUGAAGAAUUGGAAGAGAUGGAGAGGUGGAAGUCAGCCAUUGAUGCUAAAGCUAAAAAAAUGGUGGAAAGAGAGCUAUGGGGUGGUCUAGCCUACCUAAUGAUUCAGACAGCUGGGUUCAUGAGGCUCACAUUUUGGGAGCUUUCAUGGGAUGUGAUGGAGCCUAUUUGCUUUUAUGUAACAUCCAUGUAUUUCAUGGGUGGAUAUGCUUUUUUCUUGAGGACAGCAAAAGAGCCUUCUUUUGAAGGCUUCUUUCAAAGCAGGUUUACUUCAAAGCAGAAGAAGUUGAUGAAACGUGAAGGGUUUGAUGUUGAAAAAUACAUGGAGUUGAGAAAAGCUUAUUAUCAAGACCCAUGGCCAAGGGAAAAGUCAUUGGUUGGUGAAGGGACUAAAAAGUCAUUUACUUGAACAUAAAUUUAUAUUGUAGAUGAAAUAGAAAUUCUAUUUAAUCCCCCCUGAAAAUCUCCCUAUAUCUCUUUUCA